AAAUGUUCAAACGUAGCACCCUGAAUGAGCUCAUCCGUCGUCUGAUGGCGAUGAGGGGACAUCACUACAGCGACGGGAGAGCAACAAUGAUGCGCUUCGGAGCAGGCAGGAGAAAAUAGUUACGUCCUUUAGAACUUUCACGCACGUUGUAUUUCGUGGCGAAAGCAUUGUUAGUGGUUAACGAUUGUAGAAACACCCUCCACUCGCCCACGUAAAGUAGAAUUAACUAAUAAAUAUAUCAAACUUGGCCCAUUCCAUGUUUUGACGUCUUCUGCAAACAAACAAAAAAGUCCCAUAUAUAAUGAACAUUGAAGACUUUAAAGAAACUUAAUUACUUCGAAGUGGUGACCACAAAUUGCGUCACCCAAUUAAUGCUUAUCAAUCAUCUUAUCCCUAUAACUGUUCAAGCAUAAACAAGGAUAACUCGAAGUUAUUUUGUCCUUAGGGGAUUCAUUGUGAGAAUGUUUUGAGAAAAAGUAAGGCUAGUUUAACACCGAUCUCGUGUGUGGUCCGUCGGCCUUGGCUUCCUUUUUAAAAUAAUAAAAUUUUGUUUACCUACACAACCUAAGGAGAAAGAGAGGGAAGGUGUUAUCAAGAAAAGCUAGAGAAAUUGAAGAAUUCGCCCAAGAUGUUCUGUUAGACAUUCUGGGUUCUUUCAUCUUUCGGGUUGUUGUUUUUUUUUAAGUUUAUCAAAUGGCUACAAGAAAUACUUUAUUAUUUCACAUCGACUGUCCACUAUCCAAGACAAAGACCCAUGUAUGAUGUGGGUUUGGUGAAUAAAAGUACUCUCAAAAUACA